AUGGUAUUCCAGCGUCGCCGGUGCCAGUCUGUAUCGGAACCCCGCCAGGUUUUAGCGAACGUGGACAACCUGAGCCUGGCAAUUGUUGACUUUGAGGGUGGCGGCCGCUCCAGCGUCACCUUCAGCCCGGAGACCGGGGCCGUGCUGCGCGAGCGCAAGGUGAGAGAGGUCCCGCGGGCCAUCGAGGGGACGUACCUCCACCUUCUACCGGCUGCGCCACCAGGACAGCGGUUCGAGGGCUCGAUGGGCCUCUAUCUCUGCAGCGGGCACCUGGCGUUCUUCCGCCGAUGGGGCCGCGGCGACAACGAGGGCCAGUGGGAGACGACCGGCUUCUGCACGGACCUGAGGUGGGCCCAAGGCCCACGCCUGUCGAUGUGCCUCGCCUUCCGGGACCACGGCGGGUACCGAGUGGGCAUCUCGCGGGUGAGCAGGACGCCUCCUGAACUUCCGCAGCGGUCUAGAGAGGCAUACAAGGAGGAUAAGUGGCACAAGCUCUACGGAGACGACGACCAUCCUCUUGCCAUCUAG